AUGGCCCGGCUGACAAGACUAAGUCCCUUGGGAGUAAUUGUGCAUGGCCCGGCUGACAAGACUACCAGUUCCUCAGAAGAGGCGUUAUAUGGCCUAUAUGUGUUGCCUUAUAGAGUGAUAAUGGCCUUUGUUAUGAAGUGCAUCAAAGAAAAAGUAGCCAUGAGGGGCAGCAAGGAUCUUCGCUAUGAAUUCCAGCAAAGCAGAUAUAGCCUUGAGGGGUGGGCUGCUUGUCAUUUUUGUAUUAAUUCAGGGAAAUUGGUUUUGCAACUUGUUUAUGGAGAGAAGUCAGUGAAGUCAUGGAGAAAAUAUGAAAAGAUCUUGAAAAGUGACAAAUCUGGCGAAUUCGGGUUGGGUCUGACGCUGGUGCAGAUAAAUUCUCACAGUAGGCUUUCGUUGCCCAGCCUAGAAAACAUAUUAAAGGAAUGUCGGGUAGACAGGGUAUAG